AAUGCGUCUGGUUCUGUGGAGAGCCAGUGGAUUUCACAGUGAUUCCCAUCCACCACUUGGAUAUACAGAGUUGGAGUUUUGACACAAGCUCAUCUAAGCAGUGUGUCUGCCUGGGGGUUGACGCUCCCUCCACCGUCCCUCCUCCACCAACACCACCACCACCAACACCGCUGGCUCCUCAGUCCGAGCAGAGCUGCUCCACUGCAUCUUUAAUAGACGUCUCUCAAAGCAUUGCCUUCCAUGGUUUCUGCCCUGCUCCAGACCCUAUCAUCUUACAUCGUGAAGAUUUGCAAAGGAAUGUUUACAAAGAAAUUGGCGAAUCCCACAAAGAAGAAAGAGAGUAGCGACAAUAAAGAGCCCAAAUUGACCACCACUGAUUUGCGUGACCAAGGUAACCUGACGACGACACUCUCCACCACUCUGAAAACCACAGUGAAAAAAAUCAGCAAAUGCUCUUCGGCGCGUAACAUCUCUCUUGAAUUAGACGACGGAAAAAACGACUGCUCAUCUCUCUCACCGACUUUCAGUUACCGUGUAGCGAUAGCGAACGGACUCCCGAAAAACGCUCUUCUGCUGAACAAUAAUGAGAGUAUCUUCCAGGAGAUCCUCUCCAUCAAUAGCGAAGACUCCCUGAGCGAGGCCAAACCUGUGCGUAGAUUCGAUGAGCAGAAAUCUCACACCAUGCCAGUGAGACGGAACAGGAAGAGCCUCAUUAGUCUGGCGCCCUCCGAUGGCAGCUCAGAGGGUGAGAGGGUGGAGCGCUCAAGUCUGCACACUCUCCGACUUGGCGCGCUACGCAAGCUGAGGAAAUGGAAAAAGAGUCAGGAGUGCGUGUCUUCGGAUUCCGAGGUGAGCAACUGGAGGAAGACCCUGGGUAUCCGGAGCAAGUCCCUGGACCGGGCUGGGCGACAGCAGAAGUCGACCUCUGCCUUAGAAGCCGGCUCCAGCUCUACAGGCUGCAUCAACCAAACCCAGGAUGUGAUGGAGAUGAUCUUUAAGGAGCUGCAGGGCAUCAGCCAGAUCGAAACAGAGCUUUCAGAGCUCAGGGGACACGUCAACGCACUGAAGAACUCCAUCGACGAGAUCUCCUCCAGCGUGGAGGUGGUGCAGACCGAGAUCGAACAACUGCGUACUGGCUUCGUCCAGUCCCGGAGAGAGACGCGAGACAUCCACGACUACAUCAAGCAGGUCAGCCACCAGGCCAACAAGGCCAGCCUGAGGUUCAUAAACGUCCCUGAGGAGAAGCUGGAGAAAACUGAGAGUCUCAUCUAUCUUAUUCUAAAGGACAAAAUGGGAUUUGCUGAAGCACAUAAAACACUUAAAAUAGAGCUAGCCCAUCGGUUAGGGCAGCAAAGAGAAUGUUCCAAUGCAAAACCUAGGCCUAUUAUUGUAAUAUUCUCAACCCCCUCAGAUAGAGAUUUAGUUUUGAAAAAAUGCUACAAACUGAAGGGGACUGGUAUAUCUGUAUCCACUGAUAGCUUAACGACUCAUGACGUGAAGGAAAAGAAAGAUAAAGGAGCAAUGUCCUCUUCUCAAACCUACGAGAGCAUGGACAUUAAGGUCUCAGCCAAGGACAAAGCUGAGAGUGAUGACUGGGACUCUAUGGACAGUGACAAGGAGCUAGAUGAACUAAACAGGAACAAAUAUGCAAUGGUGGUGUCUAAGCCUGUUCACAAACAUAAAGCAGAUAAAAAGAGGCACGGUCACCAUGAGCACGGUAGCCGGUCUGCGGAUGAGGCUGGCUACUCUGCCUCAGUUCACUAUGCUGAUGACUCCUAUGAUGAGUCUGACAAAGCCUCCAAGCCCUACUAUGGUGACCUCACCCCUGGCUGGCUCUCUCAGAGCGACUACUCCACCCCCAAGCUCAGCCGCUCCGAGUCUGACUGCUCCAAGCUCUGCCAGUCCUACUCUGAAGACUUCUCAGAAAGCCAGUACUUCAGCCGGCCCAAUGGCAGCUCUCUACUAUCCUCCUCAGACCAGGAGCUGUGGCAGAGGAAGCAGGAGGACAUGGCGUCAUCGUGGUACGCCAGCCAGACCCUCAGCCAGGAGAACCCUCCGUACGCUGAGCCCAACGAGGCCGAGACCACCGAGACCAUCGACAGUGGGGUGAGCAAUGGGCUGGUCUGCAUGUCUGGGGAUAGGAGCCAUUACAGCGGCUCACAGCUGUCUCUGCAGGGAGACCUCUCCCCAUGGAAGGACUGGCCUCACCUGGAGCAGGGAGCAGACUCCGGGCUGGACGCUUCCACAGAGCAGAACCUGGUGUCUGAGGUCAGCAGCCCCUUUGACCCAGCUGCCAUCCCUGGCUUCCCUGAGAACAUCACCAAGUGUCAGGAGGUGGACCUGGCAUUCGAAGGGGAGGAGACUUUCAUGUUGGAUAUGGUGGAAAGCACCCUAUUGGACACCGCCCCGCUGGAGAUCACCCGACUGGAGAGUGCCCGGCUGGGUAGUGCUCCCCCCACUACUCUUUAUACAGCCCCUAUCGUAGCGAAAGAACCUGUUGUAACCCCGCCUGUCCAUAAGCCUAAAGCUAAAGAGACUGCUAAAACGCUUCCUAAAGAAACUUCUAAAGCAGCUCCUAAAGCUAAAACACCUCCUAAAGAGUUAGCUAAAACUGUUCCUAAAGAGGUUGCUAAGACUAUUCCUAAAGAGGUUGCUAAAACACCUCCUAAAGAGUUAGCUAAAACUGUUCCUGAAGAGGUUGCUAAGACUAUUCCUAAAGAGGUUGCUAAAACUAUUCCUAAAGAGUUAGCUAAAACUGUUCCUAAAGAGGUUGCUAAAACUGUUCCUAAAGAGGUUGCUAAAACUAUUCCUAAAGAGGUUGCUAAACCUAUUCCUAAAGAGGUUGCUAAACCUAUUCCUAAAGAGGUUGCUAAAACUAUUCCUAAAGAGGUUUCUAACACUAUUUAUAAAGUGACAUCUAAACCGGCAAAAGAGGUUGCUAAAUCAAUUGCUGAAGAGGCUGCUAAAACUAUUAAACUAAGAGAAACAGCCAAAAUGAUUCCUAAAGAGAAAGUUAAAACACCUCCGAAAGAAAUUGUUAAAGUUAUUCAUACAGAGGCUCCUAAAACUCCUCUGAAAGACACUUCCAUAACAAGCCCAAAAGAAACUCCCAAAACAAGUCCGAAAAACACUCCCAAAACAAGUCCAAAAGAGGCUGUGAAAAUACUUCCCAACAACACACCUAAAACAAGUCCAAAAGAGGCUGUGAAAACACCUCCCAGAGACACUUCUAAAACUCGUCCAAAAGAGACACCUAAAAUGGUUCCUAAAGGRGCAUCUAACACGCUUCCUAAAAUGGCAGCUAAAGAAGCCCCUGAACUAUCCACCCAAACAUUCCCUGAGCUUGAUGUCAAACACAGCUUCCAACCGAGCCAGGCCAAGUCAUCCACCAUGUACCGUAGCCAGAGCGAGAUCCGGUCCGAGAARGUUGUAGAGGAGGUGCCCAAGUCCUGGAGCAGCCGCCUCAGCAUCGACCUCACCGACAAAGCUCCGUCCUUCAGCUUUGGGUUCGGCUCCACCCUGAAGAAGGCAAAAUCAGCCCUGGAGGUGGUGUGGAAGUCAGGCCCUCCACCUAGUGCCGCUCCCCCGGAGCCACCCCCAGACUCAGGCUCCUUCAUGGGCCGCUUCCGCACACUGUCCACCUCCACGGCCAACGACUCCAGCACCACCAUCGACUCAGACGUCUACACAGAUUCCUUCGUCUACAAGGCUGAAGAUGAAGAUGAGGCUGCCGCUGGUGACCAGCUGGAGGACAACGAGACCGCCUAUGUCGGGGUGAUGGAGCAGGUCCUGGCCAACCUGGAGAACCGGUCCAACGACAACGACACAGAAGAGACAGAGGAGUUUGAGGAGCCCAUACUGGAUUAUGAUCCUGAUGCCUCUCAGGAUUAUGUCUCUGAAGACUAUGAGGCUACCACCCAGGAUUACGAGGACUCUGAGGAAGUUGAGGCCAACCAGGAGGCUGCAGUCGUUCUGGAGUAUGACUGUAGUCUGGACGAGCAGUACGACGAGGAGUACAGUGAGGAUUACAUUGAUGAUGCCAUGACGGGGGACACGGCAGAGGACACAGCAGAGUAUGAGGCCAUGGUGGAGUAUGUUGAGGUGGAGGAGCCUGACGAGGAGGAAGAAGAGGAGGAGGAAGAGGAGUUAAUGGAGGAGAUGGAAGAGGGGGAUGAGAUGGAGGAGACCUCCGAAGCRUCUGCGUCGGAGAGGACGGAAAACCUAGAGGAUGAGAACAAAAACAUUCCGGAGAAGGAGGAGAUGCCUGCAGAGGCUCCGCCCAAAAAGCGCAUCCGUCCUACAUUUAAGGAGGCUGCGCUGAGGGCCUACAGAAAGCAGAUGGACGAGCUGCAGCAGCAGAUCCUGGCUGGAGAUCUGCAGUAG